UGGCCGGCCGGAAGGGGUUGGGGGGUUCGCGUGGGCUUUUUCUCGUUUCCUCCGUGGAGGGAGUUCCAGACUGAAGAACGAGAACGAGAAGAAUGUGCCGAGUGUCCGACGGCGGACAGACGCGUCACGUCUUGAACGAUUGUCUUUGUUCACUGAGCAUCUGACGCUAGUUAGCAUCUGAAGCUAGUUAGCACGUUAUUUGCUAGCAGGCUAAAUGCUACAUGAUUUAUUCUCCCUCGUUUUCAAGCAUUUCCACGAAACUUCAACACGAGUGUUGAAAUCUGAAUUCAUGGCUCUGGGGCGCAACCAGCCCCUCAAACGCGAACGACCCAAAUGGAAGAGCGACUACCCCAUGACAGAGGGCCAGCUGCGCAGCAAGCGCGACGAAUUCUGGGAUACGGCGCCAGCAUUCGAGGGCCGCAAGGAGAUCUGGGAUGCGUUGAGGGCAGCCGCGGGCGCCUUCGAGAACCAAGACCACCAGUUGGCUCAGGCCAUCCUGGACGGCGCGAGCGUCACGCUGCCUCACGGUGCACUGAGCGAAUGCUAUGACGAGCUGGGCAACCGCUACCAACUGCCAGUCUACUGCCUGGUGCCACCCGUCAACAUGAUCGAGGAACGCUCUGACGAGCCCGACGGCUCCGACCAGGACUCUGGCGGAGCUGAUGCAUCGACGGGUGAUGACGGCGAGCGCCAGUUGCGCCUGCGCCUCUCCACAGGCCGCGACCUACGCCUGCGGGUGCGCUCGACCGACACGGUGGGCGCCAUGAAGCGCCGCCUUCACAGUCAGGAGGGCGUGCCAGCCGCCGCCCAGCGCUGGUUCUUCUCGGGACGCCCACUCACCGACAGGCUGCGUUUGGAGCAGAUCAACAUCUCACGGGAGUACGUGGUCCAGGUCAUCAUCAGCCAACCCCCGAGCACGCCCCCCCGACGGGAACCCACGCCCGUGGACAGUUGAGCUCAGUGGAUGCUGAAAGACUGUGCGGGGACGUUUAGAUGCUCUGCCGAAUAAGGCAAUGCCUUGCUCUUUGCUAUGGGGAUGCGCAAAAAGACUAAACAAAGCUCCUCGUGCUAACGUUGGAGAAAAAACACAAUGCUGAAUGGAAUGCUUUUGCUAUCACUUCAACACACAAUCGUGGGUGUGUGGCCAGAACACACACAACAAGUGUAAAGAUGAGGACUUGGUGUGUUUUGAAGGAAUUUUUUUAAAUAAAAAAAAUCUUUCUUUGUAUUCCUCCACCACUCCUUUC